GGAGUGGUUAGCCCUCACUCACUGACUGUAUAUAGAGAAGACAGAGUCACACAGAACAGACCUUUGAGAGUGUGAGCAGAGUAAAAGGGCGGCUGACUGAGUCUUUAACGCAGACGCCUCUUCACCUGAGUGGCUUCCUGGGCAACACAUCAACAAAGCCUCUGUCGGAUUAUAAGGCCAGACUCUCCCCUCAGAUCAAGAUUUAUCAUGAAGUUAAUCCUACUAAUUGUGGCAACAGUGCUCCUGGUGGUGGAAGAGGGAACUGCAGACAGAAUCCUGUUUAAAAGGACCAAGAGGGAGCUUGCUAGUCCGCUCCAUGUUGGUGGCAUCAGGGACCCAUUUGGGUCCUACUGCCAAAGGAGAGGAGGCUGCUGCCCUGGCAGGGAUGACAUGUGCACAGUACCGUACCUGGACACCAUCUGCUACUGCGACCUGUUCUGCAACCGCACCGUCUCUGACUGCUGCCCCGACUUCUGGAGUCACUGUUUAGGCGAGCAGAGCCCUCUUAUUGCCACCUGUGAAAGAAAUGGAAACAGAUUCUUCACAGGGCAAACAUACAAAGAAAACUGCAAUUUGUGUACUUGUGGGACCACGGGCCGAUGGGAGUGUGAGCAGCAUGCCUGUCUGAUUGAGUCUGACAUGAUUCAUGCAGUCAACAGAGGAAACUAUGGGUGGAAGGCAGCAAACUACAGCCAGUUCUAUGGGAUGAGUCUGGACGAGGGCAUCCAAUACCGCCUGGGCACACAAAGACCCUCCAGAACUAUAAUGAACAUGAAUGAGAUCCAGAUGAAUCCUCAGAGCGAGCAGCUGCCGCUCUACUUCAACUCCGUGGAGAAGUGGCCGGGGAAGAUUCACGAGCCUCUGGACCAGGGCAACUGUGCUGCUUCCUGGGCCUUCUCAACUGCAGCUGUGGCAUCAGACAGGAUCUCCAUCCAGUCUAUGGGCCACAUGACUCCUCAGUUGUCCCCCCAAAAUCUUAUUUCCUGUGACACACGCAACCAGGGAGGCUGCGCCGGGGGGCGCGUCGAUGGGGCCUGGUGGUAUCUCCGGCGCAGAGGAGUGGUGACGGAGGAAUGCUACCCAUACCUACCCCCACACGACACACCGGCCGAGGUGAACCGCUGCAUGAUGCAGAGCCGCUCGGUUGGCCGGGGGAAGCGACAGGCCACGCAGCGCUGCCCCAACACGCAGAACCACCACAACGACAUCUACCAGUCCACACCGCCCUACAGGCUGUCGUCCGAUGAAAAGGAGAUUAUGAAGGAGAUCAUGGAUAAUGGCCCGGUGCAAGCUAUAAUGGAGGUCCACGAGGACUUCUUUGUCUAUAAGAGUGGGAUCUACAAACACACUGAUGUCAGCUUCACCAAGCCUGCACAAUACCGCAAACAUGGCACACACUCGGUCAGGAUCACUGGGUGGGGAGAGGAGAGAAACUUUGAUGGAACUUCAAGAAAAUAUUGGAUUGCUGCAAACUCCUGGGGUAAAAACUGGGGAGAGGACGGCUUCUUCCGUAUCGCUCGCGGGGGCAAUGAGUGCGAGAUCGAAACGUUUGUGAUUGGGGUGUGGGGCAGGAUAACAAUGGAGGACAUGCACAACCAUCAUCCCCACCAUCGUCGCCGACACGUUUAGAGACGUGACAAAUGCCCAUGAAAGUCUGUCAAAACCCUUGUUUUUGUCACACCUUGAAUCUUCCUCACUUCGUGUCCGCCAAGCUGGUUGGGUCAGCCACAAAGUCAGGACCAGAGCUCCCAAUCUGUCAGUUUACAACUUGUUUUAUUCUGGGCAUCAGUCAAUACGACCUAUUUUAUCCUUUACUGUUACUCUUUUAAAAUAACAACUUUUCAUUCAUGUUUUAUGACACCAAAAAACGAAAAAAACCAAGCUAAAGUUGCUUUUUUUUGCUAUGCAUUUAGGCAUCUCAGGUACCGACCGUUCCAAAGACCACACUUCCCAGAAUCCUCAGUAGAUCGUCUGGUGAAACCCGCUUAAUUGAAGGCGAUUGUUCACAGAAAAAGAGAAGUUAAAAGUGAGAAUUUUCUGUGCUCACAUGUUUCAAUAGUCUUCUCUAGUUGAUGUAUAAUCCAGAUGGACAUAUAGGCAGGAAACCUGAUCCAGGUUAUCAGACAUCAGGUCGACACACACCUGAUCUAACUGUGCAACGUGAAAGUUUAUCACGCGGUGACUUGACGCAUUCCCUUCAGCUUUAGAGAGGACGCACUUAAACGUUAGUAACAGUUUGUAGUGACGGCAGAGUUUCUCACACAUUCCAGUAAAAAGUGGAAUCUGACACUGGACCGAACGCGAGGAGGUUUUGUGUAGGGUUUAAAAUGACAAAGCCAGGGAACGUAGCCUUUAAACACAAAGGGUUUUAAUAGCAUUAGAUCUUUUAAAGCAAUAUAAACUAAUGAUACAAGCGGCUGGUCUAGUACAGUGUACUAUGUUACAGUAUGAUGUUGUGUUACUUAUGAAACAUCUCGUUACCAGCUGUGAGUGACAUAAGUGAUGCUCCAUGAACAAAGAUAAGCCAAGCUGCCGUUCCUGACCAUCUGAUUCAUAAAGUAAAACACUGAUGCAUUAAACAGUAGAGAUGAUUGUAAUGCCUUAAACAGAAAGUUUUUGUAUAUAGCGAUCUUACUGUGCUCUGUUCUGUGUGCGAUGUUACAAUUUGAGCUGAAGAAAUUGUUUUGUUUUUGCAGUUAGAUUAUAAAGUUCUAUUUUACUACUUGUUUCCAGAUGUGCUGUAUGUAGUCAUUUCCAUAACACAUUCAUCACUGCAUUGUUUUGCUGCUUGCGCUUCUGCUAAGUCUAAACACAGUGAGGAGGACGAAGGGAGAUCAACUGCUGCUAAUGCCCAGUCUGUGCUCCGAUAUUUGUCUUUCUUCUAGACAAGGCUCAAGCACCAGUUUAAGUCACGCAUAUUGCAGACGAGCCGUUUGUUUACGCUCUCAGUUCAGUGUUUUCUCUUUAUUGCCUCCUGCUGGAAGUGUAACAUUUAGGCUGUGCUUCCUGGUGUGUGGUGUCUGAUUGCAGGCUGGGGUGAAGCAGCUGUUACAUGAUCCCAUGCUUUCAUUGCAAUAAGAAAGAGAAGGAGCAGAGCGGCCCUUCGACAUAUGAUGCACAACAUGAUUAUACAAACCAAAGUAGAUUAUAGUGACAACAAUGUGACACUGAGCUGCUUGGUCCAUAGUCAAUAAUAAUGUAAUAACUUAACUUUACUGUCAGCAGAAAGAAGAUUAUACAGAUAUAUGCUUUCAUCUGUGAGCAAGAUGCUAGUUUCCCUUUACAAGACAGACAACAACAUCAAGAGAACAAGCUGAGUGCUGGGAUUGAUUUGUGUUUGCAGUCUUUUAUGGUCUUGUCUCAUGUCAUCAUGUUAAUAAUGCUAAAUAUUUCAUUAAAUCCUGUGUUAUGCAGGAUCAAUGAGCCAUGUAGGACAUUUCUGUGCUUUCACUGUAGCCUGAGCCUCAAUUGAAUGGUUUUGGCUAAAUUUGAACUACAUAUGACACGAAGGUAUAGAUAGUUCAAUAAAAAUAACAAGUAUCUGCAAAAACCAAAUCAUCAAGUGACAAUAGCAGUUGUCGCUGCACAGUCUCUCCCCUCUUGACCCCUUCCUCCUCUGGAGCCACAGUAGAUAUUCAUGUAAAACUUGUGUGUUUUAUGUUAAAUGGACCACUUCAUAUUUACAGACUUGUAGACUUUAUUUAUGAUGAGAUGUGUAAAUUAUAUACUUUUAUUUUUCUGUUUUCCUGUGCAAUGUUUUGUGUUCUCUCUGUCUCUCGUGUUGUGGGCACUAAUUGCGAUCUCACGUAAACAGUCGAACUGUGCAACACAAUAAAGUCUUUUAAAAAAAGA